GCCCCCCCCCCCCCCGUUUUGGUUCUGAUCCAGCUUCUCUCACUCAUUGGGGCCGGAUUUGUGGCCUAGGUUACCACCAUUUGUGGAGUUCAAUCGGUUCGUCGUCGGCCCCUCUUUCUUUUGCACCCUGAACCACUGUUUUUGGUCCCGAAUUGAGCCUGUGGCAGGAAGAUUCGGGAGGAGAGAGUGGGAGAGAGGAUUCGGAGGUCUUUUGAAGGGGAUUUUCCCAGCGUCCCUACCUGUUCGUCAAUCUGGCGCAGAAGAUUGGGAAAUCGGUCCGACGGCCAGGUGUUAUGUCCAAGGCCCGAGUUUACACGGAUGUGAAUGUUCAGCGGCCGAAAGAUUAUUGGGAUUACGAGGCUCUUACCGUUCAAUGGGGAGACCAAGACGAUUACGAGGUGAUACGUAAAGUAGGGCGGGGGAAAUACAGUGAGGUUUUUGAAGGUGUUCACGCCGUGAACAGUGAGCGUUGCGUUAUUAAGAUUUUGAAGCCAGUGAAGAAAAAAAAGAUCAAAAGAGAAAUCAAGAUCCUGCAAAACCUCUGUGGGGGUCCCAAUAUUGUGAAGCUUUUGGACAUCGUUCGAGAUCAGCAAUCAAAGACACCCAGUCUUAUAUUUGAGUAUGUGAACAACACGGAUUUCAAAGUGCUCUACCCUACACUGACAGACUUUGACAUUCGUUACUACAUUCAUGAGCUACUCAAGGCUUUGGACUACUGCCAUUCUCAAGGGAUCAUGCACAGGGAUGUGAAGCCACACAAUGUAAUGAUUGACCACGAGCAACGAAAGCUGAGACUGAUUGAUUGGGGACUCGCUGAGUUCUAUCACCCUGGCAAAGAAUAUAAUGUGCGUGUUGCCUCCAGAUACUUCAAGGGCCCUGAGUUGCUGGUGGAUCUCCAAGAUUAUGACUACUCCCUUGAUAUGUGGAGCUUGGGAUGCAUGUUUGCUGGCAUGAUCUUUCGGAAGGAGCCAUUCUUUUAUGGACAUGACAAUUAUGAUCAGCUUGUGAAGAUUGCCAAGGUGCUGGGUACAGAUGAGUUAAAUUCAUAUUUGAACAAAUACCGACUGGAACUAGAUCCCCAUCUCGAAGCGUUGGUUGGCAGAAAUAACAGGAAACCUUGGUCGAAAUUUAUCAAUGCUGAUAAUCAGCACUUGGUUGUACCAGAGGCUGUGGAUUUCUUGGAUAAGCUUUUACGCUACGACCACCAAGACAGGCUGACGGCCAGGGAGGCCAUGGCACAUCCAUAUUUUUACCCCGUGAGAGUGUCGGAGGUCAGCAACCGUCGUAAUGUUUGAUAAGAAAGGCCAAAACCCAAGUGGUUUUUCUCUUGAUUGCGUCUCACCUGACCGUCAGACAGUGGGAAGCGCUUUGUGAUAAAAAAUUAGUUUCUGUUGCAAUUAAGCCUUAAGUGCAUGGGUAUGCUUUGUAACUGCAUUCAUUGGACUUAGGAUUUAUGCUUGGAGAGCAAAAGCAACCAUGCUCUCUAUCAUUUUCUUGUUGUACUUCAACCUGAAAACUUGUUUCUCUUUAAGGCGACCUGUUGCUUGUGAAGGAAAGACAGAUUUCAAAUUGAUGCUUCAUUUCAUUUUAAGUUUCGAAGGUCACAUAUUGUCCCUUUAUUUAUUCA